GCAGGAAUCCACAUAGGAGCGUCCCAGGGCCCUCCUCAAACAGAAAAGCCCUUGUGAACACUCACACUGGGGGGUCUUUCUUGACCACGUGACGUGUAUCCAAGGAUAGCCCAAACUUGGAAACCGCCGAGAAAUGGACACGUUUCCAGCAAGCUGCAGUGGAGAAAAGCGCAAAUGGAGAUAAAUGAAUAAGAGGCUUUCUUCAAUGCCGUAAGAAUCUGGAAAUAACUUUCGGACCCUUCAACUUGUGAGUUACAGCAGAAGUUGGAACUUUCUUAACAAUGACCGUAUUUAUAGUGUAAUUAGCGUUUUCACUCUCGCACAUAAGUGCAGUUCUUUUGGGUAUUCACAUAAGCGCAGGAACAAUGUGUACCAGACGCGAUCAUUCAGGAUGCUCCAGAUGAACUACUGGAGACCCGUUCAGUCUGUAAGAUGAAUUGUAACCCAGGUUCUGACAUGAGAUGAACCCAAAACAGUUGACAGCAGCGACGAAUUAGCAGUCUGUGGAGGCAUUUCCUAAAUCAAAGUUCAUUUGAGAAUGAGGAACAAGUACGCAAUCAUCAUUAUCUGCAUUGUGGCACUUGUCAUUAUUGAAAAAGAAAACAACAUUAUUUCAAGGGUCUCAGACAAGCUGACACUAAUACGGACCCCACAGACAGAGCCUCCAGGGCCCUACAAUGCUUCCAGCACUCUGGUAGUAAUGGACGACAACAGUUCCUAUCCAGAGGACGGCAUUCAGGCUGGCCGAAAGCACAUCCUCUUGAUGGCUACCACUCGCACAGGAUCUUCCUUCGUGGGCGAGUUCUUCAACCAACAGGGUGGAAACAUGUUUUACCUCUUUGAGCCACUCUGGCACGUGGAGAGGAUGCUAUCGAUUGGCUCGAGUGGCACAAAUGCAAGCACUUCUGUUUGGGUAUACAGAGAUGUCCUACAGCAUCUCUUCUUGUGUAACUUCUCAAUGUUGGAGCGCUUCAUCAGCCCUCCUCCACAGGACCACGUCACCCCUGCUCUGUUCCGCAGAGAGUCCAGCAAGGCCCUGUGCGAGGAGCAAGUCUGCUCUCCGGUUGCAAAAGACGUUUUUGAGAGGUACCACUGCAAGACGAGACGAUGCGGGCCGCUCAAUCUGACCUUGGCUUCUGAGGUCUGCUUUGGAAAACAGCACAGAGUGAUCAAAACAGUGAGGGUCCGACAGUUAGACACACUUCGUUCUCUAGUAGAGGACCCUCGGUUGGAUAUGACACUCAUUCAGCUGGUAAGAGACCCUCGAGCCAUACUGGCAUCAAGGAUGGUGGCCUUUGCCAGUAAGUACCAGAACUGGAAAAGCUGGGCAGUGAAUGGAGACAUUCCUAUAGAGGAUGAAGAGGUCAAACGUCUCGAAGGAAACUGUAACAAUAUCCGCAUCUCUGCCGAGUUGGGCUUGAGUCAGCCGAAAUGGCUGAAAAACCGUUAUAUGCUAGUACGUUAUGAGGAUAUCGCCAGGUACCCCAUGCAGAAAGCAGCAGAAAUGUACAAUUUCACAGGGAUUCCGAUGACGACACAAGCACGGGAUUGGAUCCUCAAAAGCACGCAUGCAUCAACCGAGGCAAGUGGCGUGUAUUCCACCCAAAAAAACUCUUCAGAACAGGUGGAGAAAUGGCGGCUUAGUAUACCGUUCAAACUGGCCCAAGUUGUACAGAAAGUUUGUGGGCCAACCAUGAAACUUUUUGGGUAUAGGUUUGUAGACAGUGAACAGACACUAUUGAACAGAUCUUUUAGUUUGCUUGAAGAAAAACAAUUUAUUUAGGCAUAGAUUACAUUUUUAUGCUUACAUUGUUACAGGAAAACCAAGCGUGAAAUGUGACAAGGUUUUGUUUUUAUAUGUGGACUAAAAAAUAUGCACAGCACACUGGCAAACUGUAGCACACUGGGAUGCUGCUUAUACUGAGGUACUUGUGCAUGCUUCACCUGAAUUAUUUAAACAAAGCCUAACUGAAAUUAUGAGUGAAUGAUUGUAGAUACCUUCAUAUGAAAAACAUCAUCUGUACUAAUAAGAUGAGUCAUAAUGUGCCUGUGAAUGUGCUUAUUUGUGUGUGUCUGGAAACAGUGUUUCCUCUUCUCAAAAAAAUCUAAAAGAUCAUUAUUACACAAAAAGGGAAGUAAAACAAGCAGGCAUCUUAUGUGUUAUGCUGCUGCUAAAGUUAUGUGUGGUCACCAGAGUCAUUUCAAAUUGCAAAUUAAAGCCCAAAAGGAGUUUGGGCUUUGAGA